AUGGCCCUGAGCAUCUUGUCUGAGCAGCUCUGCAUCCAGAGGCCUCGCAAGAAGCCGCCCUGUGCCCACGCCAUGAAGGAGGAGGCCUUUCUGCGACGGCGCUUCUCGCUGUGUCCGCCCUCGUCCACCCCCCAGAAGCUCAGCCGGAACCUGCUCGUGGGUGGAGAGCAUGAGCUCGAUCCCUGCCCCGGGCCUCACGCCGACCACUGUCUUGCAGGGAAGGACAUGGAGCCCCACGGCCCGUCACCGCCCCGGGAUGAAGGGCCGCCGACCCCAGGCUCUGCCACGAAGGUGCCACCGGCGGAAUACCGGCUGUGCAACGGGUCGGACAGGGAGUGUGUGUCCCCGACGGCCAAGGUCAGCAAGAAGGAAGCGCUCAAGGCGCAGAAGGAGACCUACCGCCGGGAGAAGAAGCGUGCCACGAGGCAGCUGCUCAGUGCCCUGACGGACCCCAGUGUGGUCAUCAUGGCCGACAGCCUCAAGAUCCGAGGGACCCUGAAGAGCUGGACCAAACUGUGGUGCGUGCUGAAGCCGGGAGUGCUGCUCAUCUACAAGACGCCCAAGGUGGGCCAGUGGGUGGGCACGGUCCUGCUGCACUGCUGCGAGCUCAUCGAGAGACCCUCCAAGAAGGACGGCUUCUGCUUCAAGCUCUUCCACCCGCUGGACCAGUCCGUCUGGGCUGUGAAGGGCCCCAAGGGCGAGAGCGUCGGCUCCCUCACCCAGCCCCUGCCCAGCAGCUACCUGAUCUUCAGGGCCGCCUCUGAGUCGGACGGCCGCUGCUGGCUGGACGCCCUGGAGCUGGCGCUGCGGUGCUCCAGUCUCCUGAGACUCAGCGCCUGCAAGCAGGGCCGUGACGGGGAGCCCGGGUCCUCGCCGGACGGGUCGCCCUCCUCGCUCUGCGGGCUGCCCGCCUCGGGCGCCAUCCAUGACCAGGACCUGUUCCCACUGAACGGGUCCUCCCUGGAGAACCCCCUGGAGAACGACGCUUUCUCGGACAAGUCAGAAAGGGAAAACGCCGAGGAGUCGGAUAACGAGACGCACGACCACAGCCGGAAGACCGAGAGCGGCAGUGACCAGUCCGAGGCCCCGGCGGGCCCCGGGCGCAGAGGGACCACCUACGUGGUGCAGGGCCACGAGGAGCUGGGGGAGCGGGGCGAGGCGUCGCAGGUGGAGACAGUGUCGGACGAGAACAAGAGCCUGAUGUGGGUCCUGCUGAAGCAGCUGCGGCCGGGCAUGGACCUGUCCCGCGUGGUGCUGCCCACCUUCGUGCUCGAGCCGCGCUCAUUCCUCAACAAGCUCUCGGACUACUACUACCACGCCGACCUGCUCUCCAGGGCUGCGCUGGAGGAGGACGCCUACAGCCGCAUGAAGCUCGUGCUGCGAUGGUACCUGUCCGGCUUCUACAAGAAGCCCAAGGGCAUCAAGAAACCCUACAACCCCAUCCUGGGGGAGACCUUCCGCUGCUGCUGGUUCCACCCCCAGACCAACAGCCACACCUUCUACAUCGCUGAGCAGGUCUCCCACCACCCACCUGUGUCCGCCUUCCACGUCAGCAACCGGAAGGACGGCUUCUGCAUCAGCGGCAGCAUCACCGCCAAGUCCCGGUUCUAUGGGAACUCGCUGUCAGCUCUGCUGGGUGGCAAGGCCACCCUCACCUUCCUGAACCGGGCGGAGGAUUACAGCCUCACCAUGCCCUACGCCCACUGCAAAGGCAUCCUCUACGGCACGAUGACCAUGGAGCUGGGCGGCAGGGUGACCAUCGAGUGUGAGAAGAACAGCUUGCAGGCUGAGCUGGAGUUCAAGCUCAAGCCCUUCUUCGGGGGCAGCACAAGCAUCAACCAGAUCUCGGGGAAGAUCACGUCGGGCGAGGAGGUCCUGGCGCGGCUCACGGGACACUGGGACAGGGAAGUAUUCAUCAAGGAGGAGGGCAGAGGAGGCGCCGACCUCUUCUGGAACCCCAGCGAGGAGGUGCGCAGGCAGCGGCUGAAGCGGUACACGGUGCUGCUGGGGGAGCAGAUGGAGCUGGAGUCGGAGAGGCUCUGGCAGCACGUCACCAGGGCCAUCAGCGAGGGUGACCAGCACAAAGCCACACAGGAGAAGUUUUUCCUGGAGGAGGCGCAGCGGCAGCGGGCCCGAGAGCGUCAGCAGAACCUGGUGCCCUGGACGCCCCAGCUCUUCCACCUGGACCCUGCCACCCAGGAGUGGUGCUACCGAUAUGAGAAUCACAGCCCCUGGGACCCCAUGAAGGACGUCGCCCAGUUUGAGCAAGACGGGGUCCUGCACACCCUGCAGCGGGAGACCAUGGCCGGCCAGACCGCCUUCCUGGGCAGCCCGGGGCCCAGGCGCCAGGGGUCCGCCCCCAACCCGCGGCUCCGCAAGCCCAGCGACCAGCCCUCGGGCCACAGCCAGGUCACGGAGAGCAGCGGCUCCACGCCCGAGUCCUGCCCCGAGCUCUCUGACGAGGAGGAGGAGGAGGACGGCGACUUUGUUCCGGGCUGCAAGAGCCCGUGCCCUCGGUGUGGGAAGGAGGCAAGGCGGCUGCAGGCGCUGCACGAGGCGACCCUGUCCCUCCGGGAGGCCCAGCAAGAGCUGCACAGGCACCUCUCGGCCAUGCUGAGCUCCACGGCCCGCGCCAGGCAGGCCCCGGCCCCAGGCCCCCUGCACCGCCCUCGCUGUUGGCUCCUGCUCUGCGUGUUCCUGGCAUGUCAGCUGCUCAUUAACUACGUCCUCAAAUAA